AUGGCCAUGCGAUUGUUUGUUGUUCCAAUCUCCACUCGACGAGCUUUAAUCUAUGCCCGACUCUUGCGCAAGGAUGUUUCGAAGGAGCGCUCUAUCCUAGACCGAGUCACGGACAAGGCUGCGGAGACGUGGGCGAAAUGGGAGGAGGUUGAUAAAGGCUGGAAAAAAUGGGUGGUAUCAUGGGGCAAUCGAGUCCAACAACGCAUACCGUAUGAAGAAUGGGGCCUCAAAAGUAUUCCCUCGCUCAGCUUUCAGAAGCGAAUUGAUGAAUCACAUGGGACGAAGCAGGUGGAAGUUUUGUUCCCCGGCAAUGCGAUCAAGGAGGAGAAGCUUAUCCCCAUGCUACACAAGCUCUCAAAGGAGCGGCAAGAAUUACAUCGACGGAGGAUGUGGUGGAGCUUGAUCGCAUCGCCCUUUACAGCACCAGUCGCACUGAUACCAAUCAUACCUAAUAUCCCUUUCUUCUACCUCGUGUACAGAGGCUGGUCACAUUGGCGAGCUCUGAACGGGUCCAAACAUCUGCAGUAUCUUGUCGAGAACGAUUUGUUAAAGCCAAUCUCAUACCCGGGGCUCGUGGAACUAUACGCGAAGCGCGUCUCGCGAACGAUAGAUGAGGCGGACCGCGAAGACCCAGUGGAAGAAAUGGCGGAGAACGUCGAAAAGAGUGAAGACAAGAUACUGCUUCGCACGAAGGACGCAAAGAAACUUGCAACGAUUCUUGACGCACCUGGGCUUGCGCUGGAAGCCGAGCGAGCCAUUACUCAAGUGUCCGAGCAGCUCAAGCAGCCGGAUCCCACUCAACAAGGGAACAAUAGUUCGAAGCCAUCAGAAAAGAAGCAACAAUGA